CAAAUCAUCACUGAGGUUACACCUUAAUGGCGUGAAGAUCAUCCGGGCAGGAGGAUAAAUCAGCUGCCCCGCGGGUAAAAUGACUGGAAAGGAGAUCAUCAAGGUGUCAUCUGAGGCGCAGGUGAUUGAGAAAUUGGCCGAAUUAGUUGAGAAGUAUGCCCAGGAGGCGAUUGCCGGCAAAUCUUCCUUCUCAAUUGGACUGUCUGGAGGAUCUCUCGUGAAGUACCUCGCAGCUGGACUUCCACGCAUUCAAACAGACUGGUCCAAAUGGAAGCUCUUCUUCUGCGAUGAACGCUACGUGCCCGUGGACAGUGCUGACUCCACAUUUGGUCUCUACAGGCAAACUCUCAUCCCAGCUACGUCUCUCACUGAGGAGCAAUUUGUGCAGAUUAAUCUGAAGCUGCCCCUGGAGGAAUGUGCUGUUGACUAUGAGAAGAGAGUCCGGGAGUUUUUCCAUGAGGCCGUUGGAGUUCCCUCAUUUGAUCUUCUGCUCCUGGGAAUGGGUCCAGAUGGGCAUACUUGUUCUCUCUUUCCUGACCAUGGGCUCCUUGGGGAGACUUCCUGUCUCAUUGCACCCAUCUCUGAUUCCCCAAAACCCCCUCCGGAGCGUGUUACGAUGACUUAUCCGCUUCUCAAUGCAGCCAAAUGUUGCAUCUUUGCCAUGGCUGGAGCCUCAAAGGCUGAAAUGGUCCGGAGGAUACUCAAAGAUGGUGAAAACUUACCUGCAGGUCGUGUGCAGCCACUCAAUGGUCAGCUCUUCUGGAUCCUUGACACUGCUGCUGCAUCUCAGCUCUGAUUUCUCUGCAAUUUAUUCGAAAAUUCCUCAAGAGAAUCUUCAGGCAUUCCACGGGUUGUAUUCUCUAAGAGUGAAAAACUCUUGUGAUAAACUCCCGAAGGCUUUUUGCAGGAAAAAGCGAGGAAAACGUCACGUGAGCAUGAUCCUCUAAGAAAAACAAGCUUCCGUGAUAAACUCCCGGGAGUUUAUCACGGGAGUUUUUCAAUCUUAAAGAAUUCAUUCCCAAGUGUUCAAAAGAGGGUGAAGGGAUUGAUGUUUGUAAAACUAAUCACGAGAUGUUUAUGUUUAUUUCUUAGAAAUAAAAGUUUCUACGGUAAAAAUGGUACAA